GAAACGUUUGUUAGACCAUUUUUGGUGACACGAAUAACUGUUGCUAAACAGUGGCACACUGUCAAGAAAGACUGGUCAAGUGGCCACUACUGAUCUACACUGACGCAAAAACAACUAGAAAUAAGAUUUAAUAGCAUAGCCCAGUCCAGUACUGGUUUUUAUCCAAACAAUGUUUAAGACAUUUAUAUUUAUAAUCCCUGGAUUUAAAGAAACAAAGAUAACGAGAUAAGUUUAUUGUUUAUAGCACUAUUCAAGAGAUGUACUAAGGUAGACGCAUUUUUUUUAAACAGUCGUAUGAGGAAAUACGAAAAAUGAUAGACGUUGGAAUAGUUUUAAUAGCGAUAUUUUCUGUCGCUUGUUUGGUACUUUUGAUUCAGAUUAUAUCGGGAAUUUUACUGAGAAAAAAGUUGCAUAGAAUGCUUGAACAAGGUUACUACUUUUUGGAGUUGGAAACAGGCUGGGGAAGGAAAGUUUUGAAACCUAUUCCUCCAGGCAACGUAGAUUUAUCAUCCGGCUCUCCGAGAUUGAUCAGCAACAUCAUAAUUCGCCAAUGAUAUCGCGAAAAAUGUUAACGAAAUUAUGGAAAUUAUGGAAAUUGUUACUACUUAAAUAAAUACCAAAAACUUUUGAA